AUGAUCUCAAGGUUGUUUUUCUUGUCUCCAAUUCAGUUCCACCGCUAUAUGAUGAGUGAUACGAAAGGUCCAGUAGCACGUCGCAUUUAUGAAAAACUAGAGGCCGCCUUUACACCGCAGUACUUGGACGUGGUAAAUGAGAGUUAUAUGCACAAUGUACCCAAGGGCUCUGAGACGCACUUCAAGGUGAUAGUGGUAACGGAUCAAUUUGAACAUAAGCCAUUGAUACAGCGUCAUCGCAUGGUCAAUGCCGUGCUGCAGCAGGAGCUUGAUAAGGAUGUGCACGCGCUAAGUAUUCUCAGCAAAACACCAAAGCAGUGGGAAGCCAAUGCGAUGAUCCAGCCUUCUCCUAGCUGUCGUGGUGGUAUGGCAGCAGAUGAUACGAAGAAGAAGUUUUUGGAAGAUUUAAAGACGAAGCACAAAAAUGAGUGA